AUGUCCAGAACUUUGAUUAAGAAUGUCAAUAUAGAUGAAGCCAUGGAGAUUUGUAAGCGCACUGUUGAGAUGGGUAUGCAACCCAUGGUUGUAAUCCACACCUGCGUAAUUGAAGCCUAUCUCAAGUUUGGCAAGACUAAGUGUGCUUUGGAGGCCUACUGGGGAAUGUUAGCUGCUGGGGUUGCCCCUAAUUCCUACACUUACACUGUUUUAGUCAAGGGACUCACUGCUGAUCCCAACUUCUUUGGAGAAGCCAAGAAGUGCUUGCUUGAGAUGAUGGAAAAGGGGUUGAGGCCCAAUGCUGCUACCUACACUGCUGUGAUAGAGAGUUUUGCAAAGCAGGGUGACAACGCAUCUGAGGAGGAGUGCAAGGAGUUGGUGGACGUGAUGAUAAGCAAGGGGUUUGUGCCAAAUGCAAAGGCUAUGAUGGAGGUUCUAAUGGGAAGACCAAAACCUGUAAUAAGAGAGAUCAUGAACAUUGUCCUGUCCAAGUUGAAGGGAUGA